CUGGUCCUGAACCAGGCCUCGGCGAAAUAUGGUUAUAUAUUCUGAUCGGUCGGUGCGAGACAUUACUACAGGAUUUGAACAUCUCUGAACAUGGGGCGUUUGGUGUUAGCAGCAGCGUGUGUCCUUGGACUGGUGUGCAUCGCGAAUGCAGCAGCACCCAGAGCCGGAAAUUUAUCGCCUUUAUUCCCGUUCCAGUUUUUGAAACGCUCCCUGAGUGAGAGUGAGCGACAAGCUCGAGAAAGCAAUGACAGACUCCAGGAAGAGAUUCAAAAUGUCGUUGAAAAGAUCUCCGCUGCCGCCAGAUCAGAUUCCGACCUGAGCCGCCGUGAAAAUGUUGCGUUUGGGUUGGGCGGCACUUGUGGUAAUUACAACGACUCCUGCAGUUACGCGAAGACCCACUGUUGCGGGGAGUUGACAUGCACUCGCGAUAGAUGGUACCAUGUUAGGGGUGUGUGUAUGUGAGAAUCCACGCUGACAAGAUAUAUCUCUGAUCAAAUUACCUUCCGACAAAUGGUGAAGUGAAAUCAAGAAAUAAAUUGUUUCCACAUCGAA